GCUAUAUAAACACUACGUCUAUUUAAUAAAGUUAAUGUGGCAGGCACCGACAAUCGCCGGCAUGACGCGAUAAGAAAAAGGCAGUCUCGACCUUGUCGACUCUUUUCUACCAGCUUCCCAAAUCAGUCGUGCUCAAGCCCUCUUUCCUGCUGCUUGUAUACUCCUGACUCGUCUUCGCCGAGUCUCGCAUCGCCGUAGAUAAUCUCACAACAUAAUAUCCAGUAUAUAGAAAUUUAACUAUGCACGCAGACAGAGAAAGGUGCUUUAUUUUGUUGUUUUAGAAGAAUAUAAUCAAUUUAUUUAUUUUUCUGCAGAAAUCCAAGUCCAACAAAAAGACAGAUAAUUUUUAAUUAUAAAAGCGGACGACAGUUAUGUUCGCAAAAAUGAAUUUUUUAAAUUUGUAUGCUCUUUUAAUAUUAUCUCUAUUAAGUUGGCAUCAAAUUCAGGCGAAUACAACUUUAAAUAUCACUAAGGAAGCUCUCGAUUUAAGUAAAAGUUUGAUCGCGGAAGUUGAAAAAAAAGUUGCGUAUACUCAUAUGAAUAAUGUAAUUGAUGAAAUCAGAACCAUUACCGAACUCUUUGAAGCAUUUCUAACAAAAACUAAAAAUAUCAGUUCCACCUUUACAUUAAACUGUAAUAUAACACAACUGUCUAGUUACGAUAAUCUUUUAUUAAUAGAAUCUCAAAUAAAAGAAAAAGUACUGGAAUUCGAUCGUUACAUUGUAUCUCCAUUUUUACAAAGAAAUAGAAAACUUAGCGAAUUAGAUUUGAGUGCGAUACGUCAGGCAGCUGUAGAAAAUCUCUUGAAGAAAGCCCAUUCUCAAAAUAGACCAAUUGUUACUUUAAAGGAAAAAGUAGCAGCAUUGCACGAAUUAUUCACUAAAAUAAAACAGGGAGAUUAUAUUAGCAUACUUGGCUACAUAACUAAUAAAACCCAGGACAGUUGCGCAGAGCAGUCUCGUCAACAUAUUCUGUAUAACACAGUAUUUAAUAUAGCUUUAUUAGACGCAUUGGGUCAUGGAUUACUGCAAUACUCCUAUGCUUUUCUCAAGAUAAUACAUGAUUCAUAUCCGGUUGUUGAUCGUGAAGUAACGUCAAAGCUAUACAUAUUUCACAAUGAAGACGAAGGCAAAGAGUUUCUGGCAAAAAUGAAACAAGAGGUACAACAGUUCAUUAUUAGAAAUACAGAAACUUUAAAGGCUGCUAAAACUCACAUGUUCUCGCUUCCACGUGUAUUUUGGUUCGAAAAUCAUGUGACUAACACUGAAUCCUUGAAAGAUAACUUAGAGACAAAACUACAAGUAUUCCAAAAUUACAUCGUGAAUGAAGUCGACCUUAGUAGUGAAAAAUCGUGCUCGAAAGAUUGCCCACAUUUCAGUGGCGGUUCUCAAGUGCAAGGAUGUUUUGAUAAUAAAAUUUGCGCCAAACAACGAACCUGUGAAGGAAAGCUGUGGAACUGCUACGAGGAAAGCAAGAUCAUAGUUUGUCCUGCGAGCAAAGAAAACAAUAACAUCAGGUAUGAUUACAUAGAUAUCAAGAAAAAGCGAUAUGGAGAAGAAAAAUCUGACAACUGUAAAAAUGAAGUCGUUGAAGCAAAAACCUGGUUGCGCUUGCCUUAUAAAUGCAGCAACUGUAUGUGCAUAUGUGAAGUUUCAAGUCCAAAAACUGAUCGGUAUAUCAGUUUAAGGCCAGUCAUUUCCGAUGCUCAUUUAAAUUAUGUCGUAACCGGCAUGAAGUUUGAAUUAAAAAAUGGAAUAAUUCACAUAAGGAUCAAGCAAAGUAAACUUUUGGCAAACGGGCUCAUAGAAAAUGCCGUAUCGGAGUUACCUAAGAGCGAACAAUGGAAGAAAAUCGAUGAUUAUACAAUAAACGAUAAAGACAUCUUCGAAGGAAAAGAUUACUACAUGUUAUCUUGGCAAAAUAGGACUAUGUGCCUGGAUGAAUUAGAUUCAUUAAAUAAAUCGGAUGUUUUGACAGGAUUAAGAUUCAAACUUGAAUCUGUGAACGACCAAACCUACUUAAAAUUGGAAGUUCGUUUAACACCGUACAAUUUCACGACAGGUCGAUUAUCGGAUAAAAAUAGCUAUUGGUAUUCUAAUGGUCUCCAGCAAAACGACCGAACGGAAUUGAAGCUUGAUAGUUCCGUAACAGCUAAUCCGCAACUCGAUUCAUAUUUUAAAUUUACCACAAAUUUGGAAAUCGAUGCCGGCCAAAGCACAGUUCCGCACGUAGAGCAUGUCGAGCUGGAAACAAAAGUCUCAGUGCCGCUUUCUGGCGCAGGUUUAUUUAUUAAUAAAGAUCUGUCUUUCAAAUGGAAAGCUUUUACAUUUGAUGUUGUGCCGUACAUAUAAUUAUUCUGCAUGUAUUAUCUAAUCUAUCACCGCACAAACAUUAAUUAUAGAAUACACAAUAAAAGUAUUGCAUUAUAUAUAAAU